GCUCGGGCCCAGCGCGGGGGGCGGGUCCGAGGCGGGGGGCCCAGAUCGGGAGCCGCGCGCUGGGGCCCAGGCAGCUGCGGAGCCGAGCGCAGCCGGCGGCGGGACCGCCACAGCCCGACCGGCCAUGAGCUCGGGACCCGAGCCCCGGCCACCCCGGACACUAUUCAGCAUCGCAGACAUCCUGGGCCCGCGCAUGGUCGCCCGAGGACCUUCUACGUCUCAGCUUCCAGAGUGGAACCCUGGGCCCCCGUCGCCUCUGUGUGCGCUGGAGGAGCUGACUAGUAAAACUUUCCGCGGACUUGACGGGCACGCACCGGAGUCCUCUGAAGGCCGCUCCGCCCCCGGUGCGCUGGGCCCUGGCCGCGCCGGCCGCAGACGGCGAAAGUCACGCACGGCGUUCACGGCGCAGCAGGUGCUGGAGCUGGAGCGACGCUUCCUCUUCCAGAAGUACCUGGCGCCUUCCGAGCGCGACGGGCUGGCGGCGAGGCUCGGUUUGGCCAACGCACAGGUUGUCACAUGGUUCCAGAACCGGCGCGCCAAGCUCAAGCGCGACGUGGAGGAGAUGCGCGCAGACGUGGCCUCGCUGAGCGCGCUGUCCCCCGACGUCCAGGGCCGCCUCGCGCUGCCCCGGGGCGCCCCAGCCCCCGGCCGGCCUGACCCCGGGCCCCACCUGGCAGAAGAGGAGAUUGAGGUGGACGCCUGAAGGCAGAGCCGCCGCCGGCCGCGGACUCUGGGGCCCCGCCUCCGAGCCCCGCGCCCUGUCCGGGUUCCGGGGUGGAGGGAGGGUGUGGAGCGUCCGCCUCCUCUGGCUCACAGUCCAGACGCUAACUUUAACCAAUUGUUGAGAAUAAAAUUGAGACUCAG